GAGGGCCGCUGUCACUCAGCCCCGCGGACCAAUAGUAAAGGGGUGAACCCCGCCUUCUUCCUUGAAUUGUGCUGCGGGCAUGCGCAUUGGGCGUCCCCACGCCACCGCCCAUCAGCUGAGAAUUGCUGCUGAAGGCUCCAGGGUCGGUGGGUGACGGUGGUCGGAGGUGUAGGAGGGAGCCGCGGAGGUCCAGGUGACUGCUUAGAAAACUGCACAGCCUACCAACAUCUGAUGAAAUUAGCGAAUAAGCACAUCAGCCAUGUCUUACACUCCAGGAGUUGGUGGUGACCCCGCCCAACUGGCCCAGAGGAUCUCUUCCAACAUCCAGAAGAUCACACAAUGUUCUGUAGAAAUACAAAGAACUCUGAAUCAACUUGGAACACCUCAAGAUUCACCUGAAUUGAGGCAACAGCUGCAACAGAAGCAGCAGUAUACUAACCAGCUUGCCAAAGAAACAGAUAAGUACAUUAAAGAGUUUGGAUCUCUGCCCACCACCCCCAGUGAACAGCGUCAAAGGAAAAUACAGAAGGAUCGCUUAGUGGCAGAGUUCACAGCAUCACUGACAAACUUCCAAAAGGUUCAGAGGCAAGCUGCUGAGCGAGAGAAAGAGUUUGUUGCUCGAGUAAGAGCCAGUUCCAGAGUGUCUGGCGGUUUUCCUGAGGACAGCUCAAAAGAAAGGAAUCUUGUAUCCUGGGAAAGCCAAACGCAACCUCAAGUGCAGGUGCAGGAUGAAGAAAUUACAGAGGAUGACCUCCGCCUUAUUCAUGAGAGAGAAUCUUCUAUCAGGCAACUUGAAGCUGAUAUUAUGGAUAUUAAUGAAAUAUUUAAAGAUUUGGGAAUGAUGAUUCAUGAACAAGGAGAUGUAAUAGAUAGCAUAGAAGCCAAUGUGGAAAAUGCAGAGGUGCACGUUCAGCAAGCAAAUCAGCAGCUGUCAAGGGCAGCAGAUUAUCAGCGCAAAUCCAGAAAAACCCUGUGCAUCAUCAUUCUUAUCCUUGUCAUUGGAGCUGUGAUCAUUGGUCUCAUCAUAUGGGGACUGAACCGCUGAAGUUAUGAAGGAGCACGCUGUUGCACUACAUUGUCUAAAUUAUGUAGGAAGGUUCCUGUAAUCAUGUUUUUUUUUUAAAUUAUUAUUUUAAAGCUAUUGUAUAAACGAUGGUUCCCAUACUUUGUUAUUUUUAUUGGGAGGUUGGGGUGGUUCCUUUGGAUUAAAUCUGAUAUUUUCUAAUACUGAAAGAUUUUCUAAAUAUCACUGCUGACAUAACUGCCAUGGUCUUCAAUUUAAUAGUUGUUAAGUUUUUGCCCACAUUGCAUAUGCCUUUCAUUUGUAAUUUAUUUAGCCUGCUUGACUUAGUUUUGGGAAUUUGUAAAUUUAAAGGUGUGUGUAUUCUGUCUGCAUCUCCCUGUCACUGUGACACACCUAGAUUUGUGUUACUUCAAUUAAAAUUCUCAAAUUUAAUUUUGAUUUGCUUCAGCAGGGAAAAUAUUCUCAAUAAUGUAAAAUAAUUAAGGUCUAUUCAUGGGGUAUAUUUUUCUGGUUCACAACAGCACAAAGUGUCUUUCAUUUUUCUGUUGAUUUUCUUUUAAGAUCCUUUUUACUCUGAAGUCGGUGAAUACUUUUCUAGUUUAUUUGAUACUCCUUCUGUGUAUAUAUUAAGCUUUUGCUGUAGAUUGCCUAGUAAAAAUUACUAAGGACAGGUUGUUUUUACAUAUGACCUAUUUAAGUCUGAUGUUUACUGGGGAAAGUGUAGUUACUACAAAUGUUUAACAUCAUUUGGAAAAAGAGUAUGAAAAACCAAUACCAAUUCCUAUCGUGUUUGGAUUCUAAAGAUCCCAGUUUGUUAUUCCACUAAACUAGUUAUCUUAACCAUAUCAUCUGGUUUUGUGGGCCAUUAUUUACCUUCCCUUAUGUCUUAUAGAAUAAUGGCUACUAUUUUUAGGUCCAAAUUACUUUUGGAAAGUAACUUUCCCACAAUUAACUGUUUUUGCACGCCCGACACUUAAAAUUUAGUGUUUACCUUUUGUGCCAUCCUUCAUUAGAAAAGCAAUUGGAUGUUUGCCAGUUAUCUCACUUCCCUUUUGAAAUCAGUGUUGUUUUAAUGCACUAAUCUGAAUUCUGUAAAGAGGAUUAUCUUAGUUUAUGCUUUGUAUUUUAUAAUGUUCUUGUAUAGCAGUUCAGUACUGAAGGCAGUGCUUAACUUAGCAAGCUCUGAGACUUCAAAUGGGAACAAAUAGUAAGUAGCUAAGUAAACCAUAUCUUUGCAACCAAAAUAAAGAUGAGUUAAAAGGUAUCUAGUUAGGCCUAUUUCAUGAGAAUUAUGCUCUGGUGGGACCACAGGUCACCUGAUACUUAGUGCCGCGCUGCCUGAAACCUCAGCAUGGAGACGUCACCACAUGCACUGUGGCCAUUCACCAUCUUUCUGGAGCACCAGUUCACUCCAGGUUUUUAUUUUAGGGUGUCACCGAUUUUACCUACUUUGUCAGACUGAUAGAAGUUUCUUUGCAUGUCAGAAAAACUCCAUUUUUUUCCACAAAAGGGAUUACACAAAACUCUUUUGUGAGUAAGUGGUUGGAACUCAGAGACUCCUGUUGCCAGAAUCAGACCGCCCUAGAACAGAAUGGACAAUGCAGGGAGGAGAAUUCACACAAACAGUGCCUGUUCUGAGGCCCGGCCAGCCCACCAGGCCUGCUCGAAUGUGGUCUUCAAGUGCACAGAGGCACAUGAGGUUUCUGGUGAUAAACCAGCAUCUUACUGCUGUUUUAAAGUCCCGGCCCCAUGACUUUCACCAUCAGUUUAGUUUUUUCGCUGUACUUGAUAAAAUGUUUAUUUUCAUACAGGUCGAGUACAUUUACUUCUAUUCAUUUCACAGUGAGUACCCAGUAACAACAAAAGCACUUAAAGUUGGGGGGCAUGAUUUUAGUACCUUUAUUUGAAGUGUAAUCAUUUUAAAUUAUUAUUAUUUUAACUGGGGCAGUGAUCAGUGGUUUAAAAAGGAACUUUAGUGGUUUCAAUUCUUUUAAGAAACAUUAAUUUUGAGGGAAAAACUUCCCACAGAAUAUUUGGAACGUAAAAGUAGUAUUAAUUAGAAAAAAAUUAAAUAAGAAACAUAGUAUGGUAGCCAAAUUAAAAAAAAAAUUUGAAUUUUUCUGUAGGUCAGUUUUAGAAUUGCCGUGAAAAGUGAAGGUUGCCCUGUGAAGAAUAAGAUUAGAGUUGUUGUCAUAACUGACGGCAUGGUGAGUCCAUUUGAGUCAGACUGAAGAAUUUCCUCCUCAAGUGACUAUACAUUUGUUUUUGUGUGCUCAAAAGAAAUUCUCAAACACAGAUUGAUAUUAACCAGCCAGGUACAUUGAAUGACAAUGUGGCAUUAAGUAUUUGGCUGUUGUAUUCGUCGUUAAAUACUAUGGUCUUGCAAUAUGAUUGAUGGUAAAAGAGUGAUGUCAUAUUGAUAUAGAGUAGCUUGUUUUUUUAGUAGACGUGGGACCAUCUCUUUUACAAGUACAGCUCAGUCUAGGACAGCCGUGGAUGCAGUGUCUGGAGUUGGACCCUCUGAGCACGCUGGCUGCCACAGUAGCAUCUGCAUCGGUGACCAAGGACACUGCACUUUGAAGAGGUCACCACUGGGUCGUUUAGUGUCUCCACCGCUUUUGUUAAAAAUCGUAAAAUUUUGUACACAAAAAAGUUGUGUUUUUGAAUAUCAAUUUUUUAGACACACCUACAAUGAUAAAUAAGUGCCUUUAAAGGCCCCUCUUUCCUUGAAAUACAUCUGUGGUUUAGCAAGGAAAGUACAAAACAGUUUAUGUAGUUGGUAUAAUCUUUGUGUCUUCAUGUAGAAAAAUGAAUGUCAUAAUAAAAUAUAAAACUUAUGUAAAGAAAAUAAAGUCAUUGUCUACCUUAAUA